AUGAGGUUCGGGCUCCCCAUUGAGUCGGAGGAAGUAUUUGUCCAACAGCCGGCUGUCAGAAGAAUAAAAGUUGAACAUCUUCAUAAUGACGAUGCCAACUACUUCACCAGAUCUAACGAACACGAAGAAUACAGUGAAGUGCAGAAAGGAGAUGAAAAUAGAAAAUCUCAAAUAGCAGACUUUGAAAGCAAUAAUAAAUCUAGUGCAUUUGAAACUGAGCUGCUACUACAGGCUUUAGAAGCCAGCUUCAAGGUAGCUCAACUGACCCAAGACAACACGAUAGAAAGGAUCAUUGAGCAUGAAAGAAAGGUCAGAGAAGCCGAAGAAUUGAGGCGAAAGCAGGAGGAGUUAAGGAGGAAGCAAGAAGAGGAACGCAGGCAGCAGGAAGAGAAGAAACGGAAAGAAGAGGAGGAACGCAGACGAGAACUUGCAAGGCAAGAGGAACUAAAGCGUGAGGAGGAAUUAAAGAAAAAGAAAGAAGAAGCUAGACUCAAAGAAAAGAAAGAGCAGGAGGAAAAACUUCGAAAGCAGAAACUAGCCGAUGAGGAAGCUAAACGCAAGAGCGGUAAUACCAACUGGGCCUCCGUUGCAAAAGAAGUGGAGAAGUGGAGAGCAGAAAUUGUCAACAUAAAAGAAAAGGUUGUUGCUCCAAUUAAUCAAAACAAAGAGUCAAAGAAAGCAUUGAACACUUUAAAAAGAAGGGUCAAUGUAAAGUUUGGUCAGCUUUCAAAUUCCGUCAGACUGUGUCAAACUGUGUGCAAUGAGAUACUAGAGGUGAUUGAGCUGACACGAAGCGACACCCAGGCAUAUCAAUGGAUCUUAAACUUCAUUUCAAAAGCAUUGAUCUCCCAAGCUGAGGCAGAGGUGACCGUUAAACCUACUGCAGCCUUACCUUUAGCACUUUUGACGAACGUUUUUCUAAAGCGCUAUCCAGAGUUCAAAUAUUUUCUCACAGCUCGUUUCGUGAAGAAGUGUUGCUUUAUCCUUGGAUACUCCUGCUCCAUCGACACAGAGGAGGGGCGUAAAAGAAUGGGCUGGAAACGUUCAGACGACAAAUGGGAGGAUGAAGUCAAAUACGAAGAAAGAGUUGGAGGAAUAAUGACGCUAUGGGCUGCUAUUUGCAGAGAAAGUCAUGGCUCGGGCCUGGAAGACUUUGACCAAGGCGCAGAGUGGAGGGCCGUGGCCCGUAUUUUGAACACCGAUUCGUCUGUCAUAACUAACGUUCAUUUUGUCAUUCUAAGCAACUGGUGGGAGGUCUCAGCUCAAAGCUUCUACCAAACAUACAAAAAACAGGCUAUCAAGCUAUUUCAUGUUAUCGAGAAAGGGCUUGCAGGCGAAGGAAAGCGAAAAUCAUUCCCUGCUGCUACAAGACUUCAGCUACUUGUUGAGGAGUGUUGGCGCGGGAAAUUCAACACCAUUAAAUCUAUGGAGGCAUGA